UCGGUGGACUACUGAACGGGUUGAGCGAUCGUAGAUGCUUAGAACUAGUAAACAAAUGCGGGUAGUUAUCAGACAGUUCGUGAUUUUCAAUAAUUACGUGCUGAGUGGUUUGGAAUACUGAAAUAAUAGAUAAAUUGUGAGUGGUUAGUAUAACGAGGCUCGUUGUAUCUUUAAUAAAUGUUAAGUCUACUGAAAGGGUACUGUGACAUACAAAUUACAGUGAAGUUGUGUAAGGACCUGAAUGUGUGUUAUUGAGUGCGAUUUGAUGUACGUAGGACCAAGAGCACUGCCCACUUCAUGAAGUGUUAGUGACAUUUAUGUUAAAAUAAUCAGACGCAGUGAAACAUGUGUAAAAGUGGGCUGAAGUGUAAAUUUGUUCAGAAUUAUUUCUUUUGUUGUGAAAUGAUGCAACACUUAUGUAGCGGAUAGAAGUCAUCAUUUCUUCGAGCAUCAACAUGUCAGGCAGAAGACUGUUGCAAGAUCAGACCUAACUUCCUACUUAAAAAAAGUAUGCCCAAUAUGCUGUCAGUUCUGGAAGAGGAGUCGGAUAUAUAUGAGGUUUUUCCACCUCACGUUGACACAAGUAGUGUUCCUAUCCUGACGGAUAGUCCUACAAAAAAGCCUGCUCUCAAAACGUACAACGAACUUUAUGGCCUCUUACAGUCAGGAAGGAAACAUGAAGUGAAGCGAAUUAUCAGAGACAAUGCCUGGCCAAUAAAUAGCACCAUCCGUUCCCAGUUGUGGCCAGUUCUCUGUCAGCAGCAUGCACAUGACAAAUCCAUCCUUGAAGGCUUUUACUGGGAUAUGGUCAACCAGAUAUUUGGUACAACAGAACUUCCUGACAAGCCGAUUCUCCUGCCGCAGUUUGUGGAGAGUGGGUACUGUAUUGCAUAUCAUUUGACCAGGAAAGGCAGAAGUGUUGCUGACAGAGUAGUGUGUGUGAUUGGUUAUGCUCACCCUGAAAUUACAUACAGUCCAGCAAUAUAUCCAGUUACUGCCAUCCUUCUGCAUUACAUGACAGAGGAAGACUGCUACAAUUGCAUGGUAAGCUUGAUAGCUGCCAAGGAUAAGAUGUUCACCCAGACAAAGCAGCUGUAUGAAGUAACAUGGAGAACUGUCAUGCAGAUCGCCAAGAAGCAUGUGAAAUCUGCUGCUGUACAUCUGGCAAGACACUGUCCCAGUACUCGCACUGAACGCAUAUUCAUGGACUGGCUGUGGUGGAUCCUGCAAGGACUUCCCUUUACUCACUUAGUUCGAGUGAUGGACUGUUUCUUCAAUGAAGGAAUAAAGGUUCUUUAUCGUGUUGCCAUGGCAAUAAUGUUGCUGUUCUACAAGUACUCAGCACCUCAACGUUCUGAGUGGAUGAAUGAAAUUUUAACCACUGGAAUUGACUCUGCCCUCACCAAGUUCUGUAAACAAAUCCCGGUGACAUCUGCCAAACUACUACGUACAGCAUUUGGUAUUCGAGCAUUAAGUUCGGCGUAUAUCUUGAGAGUUUUCACUAAGACAAAGAUGUUGCUGAAGAGCCGAACUGAACUAAGUUACUCCCGAUCGCUUGUGAGAUCUCGCUCCAGUGACAAUCUUCCUACAAGCCAGUCACAAGUCAAUAUCCAGAUGAUGUCCCAUACACUUACCAUUAGAGAGUUGUUUACAUUAUGGACUUGGCUACCAGUGAGGAUCACCAUGUACCAACCUGUCCUCCUCUACACCACUGAGGAACAUGGAUGCAGCCUGACAACCUUCUAUGUUCGUGUAGAGCAGCAUGAACCAACUUUACUCAUGAUUAAGACCUGCAACAAUGAGGUGUUUGGUGCGUAUUGUUCAACACGAUGGUACGAAAGAAAUGUGAAGGAUGACCAUGGGAAUCGACAGGCUUAUUUUGGAACUGGGGAGACAUUUCUCUUCAGCCUGUACCCAGAAAGAGCGAAGUACCCUUGGGUGGGUAUGGAUUGUGCUCAGGGUGACCCUACUCUUGAUCAUUCAGCUGAGCUUUUUAUGGCAGCUGACUCGAAGAUGAUUACUAUCGGUGGUGGAGAAGGUCAAGCCAUCUGGAUGGAUGAGAACAUUCGGUAUGGUAAGACAGAUCGAUGUUUGACAUUUAACAAUCCACCACUCUGUGAAAGUGGAGACUUUGAAAUCAGAGUCCUUGAGGUAUAUGGCUUUAAUGGAGUCUAAUCUCAUAUGCUCCUCACUCACAUUUUACUGUAUUCACUCUUAUGUGCUAAUGCAUGUAGGUUCUGAUCUCAGGUGAAGAUAAAGGUAGAGGAAUAACUAAUUGUGACUGGAGUUCUGCAUUCCAAACAACAUGUAAGACCAUAUAACAUAUUUCUUGCUGUAUAUUAUUCUGUUCCCUUGUAUGAUGUAGCACAAUUGGAUUACAUGUGUUCUUACCUCCACUUGUGCCAACCCUUUACAAUGUAAUGUUAGUCAGCACCUGACCACAUGUGAGGUUAGAGGCUUAUAUGGCAGUUAAGAUCUGUAUUGCAGUCUUCUUGGUUAUGACACUAUGUAGUCUGUCAUUUCUACCCUGAAGGUGGAAGCAAUAUGUUCCUUCUGAAAUCCUGAUAACCUUCUACCAGACUACGUGACAGAUUGUAGACAAACAUGCAAAACCAUUUUAGUUGACACAAAUUAGGAAUAUUAUGGUAUUUUCAUAUCAGUAAUUUAAUAACACAAAAAAAUAACUUCUAAUGUUAAUUUGUCUCUUUUUAUCAUUUGUACAGUGUAUUGUCACUGUUUGAAACAGUCAUCAUCAUGAUCAUCGUGGCUCACAAGUUUAAGAUGCUACAACACCUCUGCUUUAACCCAUUCUUGUUAAGAAUACUAACUGAAAAGAUGAAAGCUUGUUGAUAUGUUGUGUGCUCUAUGGAAUCCAAAACAUGUCACAGAUGUCCUCACAUGUCAGCUAGGUUCUUAUUGUAGCAGUAUCACAUGAGCUGUCACAGUUGACAGUUUUCCUCAUGAAAUGCAAUUAGAUCUGAGUAAACCUAUCUUCUGUAAAUCAGUCCAAGGCUUGGUACACAGCUAAGAGCAUCAUGCCACUGGAGACCUUUCCUGCUGUGAACAGGACCAACAAGAUGGUUAUGUGAACUUGAAGAGUGGGAGCAGUAGCAUCAUCUUGAAAUUUUGUGUGGUGACAGACAUUUCAAAAGUAUAAAUCCUUUAUUAAGUUCUUUAUAUAUAGCAGGACAGUCCAAUUUCAAACUGCUCAGAGGCUACAUUGUAUCUUAGGUGCCUAUCCAUGGGUUGCAUUAUAAAAAAUAUGCUCUUCUCUGAUAGUGAUACAAAUAUCUGCUUUGCAGUGAUAAUUGGAUACAUAAGGUUCAAAAACUUGCAUUUAGAUUAAAUAUUGCUUACAGUUAUGGAGUCAUACUUAUUCCAUAGUUUCCUAAGUUAUUUAUUAGGUGAUAUGUGAAUUUAAUGGAAAAAUUACACACAACAUUUAAUAAACACUUCAUAUAAUUACUUUUUUGUAAGAUCUGCCACCUUCUUAAAGGUGGAGAAAACAGUGACACAUGUGGGAAAUGGUAGGAUGCUCCAGUGGUGAAUACAGAACCAGCUUUUGACCUGUCUGCUGCCAGUUAGAUAGCCAUGUAAAAAAAUAAAUAAAUUAAGUGGAAAAUAGCAAAAGCACCAAAGUUUCUAGCAUAGCCAUAAGAAAUAAUCAGUAAUUGUAACUUCAUCAGUGAAUUUUGUAUGGUUAUACAACACUACUAACAAAUAUCUGUUUUCUGAUGCAGCUACAAACAUCAGUGUACCACGAAGAUUAUUGUCUUCUGGGGUGUGACACUGUGUAGUCUGGUAGAUAUAUACUGACAUUUCAGAGGGAUGCACUGCCUCUAUUAUCAUUGCCACAAAAACCCCAAAUCCCACCUCAUUGUACAUUUAUUGGCCAUUAUUAUGUAAUUUUGUAUGAAUUCCUGAGACUUGCAUGUCUCAAUAAUUUUUAACUUAAUUUCAUAAACUAUAGUCAUAUAGAGGCAGGGAGAAUCCCAGCUUGAUUUAGUAUAGGUCUUUCAAAUAUCUGCAGUUUCAUCAAGUUCAUUUUUUAGAAUAUAGAAUAAGAGGAUGGAGGUUGUCCAAAAUAUUUUGGUCUUGUAUUGGUAACCAGUGAACAAUUUUAAAACUUUUACAGUAGUACUAGUGGUUGUAAGACAUGUAUAAUCAUUUGGAACCCUAAAAUCAGUCAAUGGAAAGUGUAUGUUUCUAAUUAAGGUAAUAGAAGUUAAUUUUUUUAUAUCAUAUUAUAAUGGUAUAAGCUGAUGUAAUUUUCCCCCACCUCUAUCCCCUCAGUAUCUGAGACCUUCACUGAUGUGAAACAUGCCUCCUGUGGCAGAGUGUCACAUUUUGUGGCCUUAUUAUCAUGCUGUGUAAAUUUUAAAUUUCUCAUGCUAGCCUUGUUUCCUGACAUUUAUCUUAAAAGAUGUUACACAUAUAUCUACAGAAAUAAGUCAUACUUCCCACUCACUUUUCAGCAGUGUACAUGAGACAUUCAGGGAAUAGUCAUAAAACCAUGUGAACCUUUGGAUAGUAUAGUAAAUUUUUUACACCAUGGAAUUGAUACUUGGGGCCAUUAGUAGUAGCCUUUUAUUUUCAUUUCAUGAGUCCAUUUCUGACUCUUUUGGUGAAAUGUUAUAUUUUUGUGAUGGCAGGUUAAUACCAUUCUCUCUUUAUGUAAUGUUUCAAACAGAUAUCUUUAAAAGUCAUGCCCAUAACCUUCUCAGUUUUUCUACCAUUUACUUGUAUAACUGCAGUAAUGCCAGGAUUACCUGCUAAUAACUCUUGCAGGAUCAUUAGUAUUUCACCAAAUCAGCAGGCUGAAUAUAAGUAACAUUUGUUUUAUCAUCAUGACCAGUUUAGAGUCAUAUGGAAUUGACCUAUUGUAGAAGCCUUCGUUAACCUCUCACUUCUGCCUCAACUAUUACACUGUCUAAGACUGUUUAUGUACUAUACAGUUUUAGAUAUAGUAGUGCAAGAGGAUGCUUAAAUACUGUCCACUGUCACCUGAACUGUCUUCACAAUCCACCAACUCUGCUCUCACUAGGAAAGUCAGAUAUAUAUGGUUGACGUAUGACUGACUCAGCAUUUCACUUUUAAGGACCAGGAUAUCAUGAACAUGCUUUUCAUGAUUGUCCAGAAUAAUGGAAACUGAUGGCGAUUUACAGACAUGUAAAUAAGUUUUCUAAAAGACAAGAGAGUAACAUAAAAUUAUGACUUAACAUGAGAAAAUGAAACAAAUAAUCUUUAGUAUUAACUCAUGUAUUCAUACAACUUUAGAGAUCUAAAAGUACACAGAAGUAAUGGUAUAUGUAAUGAAACAAUUCCCUUUAUGAAACACCAGUAAUUUCAAAACCUGACAAAUGAUGUGUGAAGGACAAGGAUUGUUGUGGCUGGUACAUGAUUUGUUGCAAGGUACAACGUUUUGUUCAUAAUAAGAAGUAUGUACAGCUCUCAUGAUUUUCAAGAUUAUGAAAUUCUACUCGUAGUUGCUGUAUUCACUUGCAGCUUAGAAUUAUUUGUGUGUGUGUGUGUGAUUUGGAUAUCUUUAUGUAGUUGUUACAGUAUAGAUGUGUUGUUGGUGUUUUAGUGCAUGUCACCCACGUACAUGGUGACUGCUAGUGGGCCUAACAUUUCCUGCCAAGGAAUUGACAGAUUGGGAUCACCUAUAUAUGUGUGUGUGUAUAUAUAUUGUCACGUGUUGGGUAUUGCACGCAACAAAUAACUAUGUGUGGGUCUCAGAUUCAGCGUAUCUUUAUUGUGCUUCACUUAUACACUUGCACGCUUUACAAUUAUCACUUGCAGUAUUACAGGUACUGGUUACACCAUCUCUCGGCCAAUACUUCUGUAUCUCUUGGCAUCUAGGUUCCAACCUUCUUCGGUGGCAGCUUCCUGAAGACUGACUUCUGUGCGAGUGCAUUCAACCCUGUUUUACUCGUAUACCUCGGCAGUUGCUAUACAAUGAGCCUUUGUUAUAACCGUGGAGACUCAUCUCUACGCAACGGCUCACUGUUAGAAUUAUAGCA